AUGCCGGCAACAUUAUUUGUGCAGCAAUUUCGGCUAGACAAAACAACCUUUGAAGCUCUUUGUCGUGAACUCCGACACAAGACUUCGUUAAAAGGAACCAAAGAGAUUCCCUUCAAUGUUAAGGUAUUGUGCACUCUUAGUUUCCUAGCAACAGGAUCCUAUCAGCGAAUUGUUGGGGUUUCUCAGCAUCUUGCCCAACGGACAGCUAGUCGGUGCAUAAGACAAGUCAUUGAUGCUUUGAACCACUCUGCUAUCAUGGAAAAAUGGAUCAAGUUUCCGAAAACACGACAAGACAGAGCAUUUAUAAAACAAGAGUUCCAAAGAAGAUUUGGCCUGCCUGGUGUAAUUGGGUGCAUAGACUGCACCCAUAUAGCUUUGGUAAAGCCCAACCAUGAAGAGCAUCUUUUUUAUAAUAGAAAAGGAUAUCAUUCCUUAAAUGUUCAAAUGGUUUGUGAUAGUAAUCUUUUAAUUUUAAAUGUAAAUGCAAAGUUUGGUGGAGCUACACAUGAUUCACAUAUAUGGUCUUCUAGUAGAGUUGAAUUAUAUAUGCGUGAACUUCAUCAAAAUAAUGAGCAAGUAUGGCUCUUAGGUGACUCUGGAUAUCCACAACGUCCUUGGCUUAUGACACCUAUCCUCAAUGCAGUUGAAGGUUCUAGGGAAGAACAAUACACUCGAUUGCAUGUGCAAGCCCGUAACUGCAUUGAGCGAUGUUUUGGAUUACUCAAAGCAAGGUGGAGAUGUUUGCUUAGAGACAGGGUUCUUCACUAUCAUCCUCAUGUAGCUAGCAAAAUUACAAUGGCAUGUUGUGUAUUACACAAUAUAGCUUUGCAAGCUGGGCUGCCACCACCACAACCACUUCCUGCUGCACAUGACAAUGGGGAUGAUACAAUAAUGCAAGAUCCCACAUCCACUGUGUUUGUAGGUAGCCAGAGUGAAGUAAUCCAAGGAAGAGCCAUGCUGAGUUGUUUAUUGAAUAGGAUAUAG